GGAUCACAGCGGGGCAGCAACAUGCAGAGUCAGGAAAAGUGGGCAUCCCAGCCUCCGAAAUUUCCUUUUUUAAAUUAUGAUCUAAGUUUAUCUUCAUCACUGAUUCACUGGGCCUCGCAGUGAUUGGUGGUGGUCGUCGCAGGAAAUGCGGUGGUUGGGAAGUCGACCGGACGGAGGCUGGGAUCAAGAAGAGCGGACGGGCUGCUCGUGGGAUGGCACCCUGCUCCGACUUCUCUCCUCCAACCCUCCAUACAUUUUCUCCUCAACUGAUAUGCAUUCUUUCGAUCUCUGCUCUGCAAGCUACUUGUGACGGUCUCUUGCAUUCCAUCUAUUUGCUUGGCUUCCUUUUGUUCGCUGUCUCUCCUUCUAUAACUCCUUGUCAUACCAAGACCUAGUAUAUCGAAUCAUCCAUCGGAACCCAAAAUUUGUCCCUAGCAGCGAUCGCAAUCCAAGACUGCUUUUGGUCGCAUCGUGGGCUGACCUCGUGGUCGUGGAAAUUCCUACAUUCUUCCCUCGCCAUGCAUGCGUCUCGCAUAAUCCCGUCGACUUUAUCUAUACUGGCCCUACUAAGUCAGUUUCAACUCUCGAUAGCCUCGCCAUUGGAACCCGAGGAGAGUCUCGAGGAGGCCACUUUAGAAAAGCGCUGCUCAAAUCCUUGCGGUUACUAUAGUCAGCUUUGCUGCAGCUCAAGCGAAACAUGCAGCACCAAUAGUGAUGGCGAAGCUGAGUGUGUCGCUUCCGGAAGCUGGGAGUACUACACCACCACGUAUGUCGUGACCGAAACAGAGCGUGCGACUUUUACUUCAACAUGGAGCUCCUACGUUUCGGCAACAACGAGCACUGGUAGCUGCAAUGCCGAGUAUGGCGAAACGGUCUGCGGCAGCGAUUGUUGCGGUCCUGCAUAUGUCUGCUCCGACAAUCAAUGUAUCCUGGGAAGCACGUCAAUCUGGGCAACUGCUACUGCCACACCUCCCGUGCGCGGAACAACGCUAUCGACUGUAACCCAAACGGCUACGACUACUGAGCCUUUCACUGCCCCUGUUAGCACAAGCGGCACGCCAUUGGUUGUGAAGGGCUCUGGCGGGGGACUCAGCGGCGGAGCCAUCGCGGGAAUUGUUAUCGGAACAAUUGCUGGCGUGUUCCUCCUGUUGCUUCUCUGCGCUUGUAUGUGCUGCCGUGGAGCACUCGAUUCCGUCCUUGCUUGUCUUGGUCUCGGUGGUGGCAGGAAGCGGAAGGAAACUACUUACGUCGAAGAACGUCGUCGUCACCACCAUAGUUCUUCCGGAGCCAGACCUGAGCAGCGCACCUGGUUCGGCAGUCGACCGGCUCCCUCAACAGCAGGUGGCGGUAAAAAGAAGGAGUCUGGAAUGGGUGCGUUGGCGACAAUUGGGAUCGUCCUGGGUGCGAUUGCGCUGUGUCUAGGGUUGAAGAGGCGCAGAGACCAUCGCGACGCAGACGAGAAGACCGAUUACACGUACCCGAGCACCUACUACAGUUACUACUCCUCUGACUACUACACCAAUGAUGGAAGCGUUGUGACAGAUGAUCGGCGGACGAGAGACACCAGAAGAACUAGACGAUCGCGCACGCGCUCACGAAGAUGAUGAUUUUAUGAUUUCAAUUAACGAAAAAGAACGACUUACCGAAAGACAACGAAUUACUGAAUGUUAAAUCCGUUGUCAGACUUUAUUUGAACGAUUUUGCAUGAACUGGCGUUAUCCAGGGUUUAUGAUUGACGUGUGAUGGUUUCUUCUUUCGUGUUCGAAAGAUCUGCAAUGUACGAUGAUGAGACAUGUAUCCAUGUUUUAAUGCCCUUGACUGUAUCUGCUCUUAUCCCUUUUCUUUGUCUCUUCGCCUUUGUUCUCCGUCCCUGCUUCUGUCUCUUUCCCAUCUCUUAAUUGAAAGACGCGGAAGGAUAUUGUGCUGUAGAUAAGAUUCUCAAUAUAAAUUGACAAAGAACAGUAUUGUACAUAUUAAUAAACA